UGUCCCGGAACCAUAUUGUUCACUCGAAGUCCACUGACAUUGUGACUCUAGAUCUAAGGCCGACGUGGACUGACCACAUUUCUUAACAUUAUCAGAAGGAUGGAGCAGGCGGCACAACGUAACAUUGUUAUCAUCGGCGGCGGAAUCAUUGGAUGCAGUAUCGCUUACUACUUGUCCAGGCACCCAUCAUAUUCCCCCUCGACAACGAACAUUAUCGUUUUGGAAGCCUCGGCGAACGGGGUUGCGCAAGGAGCUUCUGGAAAGGCUGGUGGAUUGAUUGCCAAAUGGGCAUAUCCCCGUGAAAUCGUAGAUAUAUCCUUUCCCGAGCAUGUUAAGCUCGCUGAAGAGCAUAACGGUGCCGAAAGAUGGGGCUGGAGAUUCGUUGGCUGCGGCAGUUGGGAGGGGGAGGGAGAAGCGCUUGCCGAGAGUGGAACUGGUGUUGGGAAGGGAGGGAAUCGAAAGAGUUUGGAGAAGACACUUGGUCUUGAGGCUACUGCAUCGACAAGCAGGGCGGACAAGGGGAUGCCUGACGACUUGACUUGGGUCAAGGAGGAACUAACCACGUCGUACAACCCAAUGUCUGGUCCAGACGGAACAGCACAGGUUCAUCCAUAUUUAUUCACCACAAGCAUGCUUGACCUUGCGAAGGAGAAAGGCGUUCAAUUGGUGAACGGAACUGCCAUCUCUGUUGAGCGGGUCGACCGUCAUGUCACAGGCGUCACUUAUAGAGAUCGUUCUGACCCUAGCCGCAUUGAAACUCUCCCAGCAACGCAUGUAGUAUUAUCGGCUGGAGCAUGGUCGCCAUCCAUUAUACCGUCCCUUCCGAUUGCAGCCACGCGCGCUCAUAGCGUUACUAUCCGUCCCAAGGCUGGCGUCACGAUAUCGCCCUACGUGUUAUUCACGGAAAUUCUACUCCCUCAAUCUCACGUUGUCUCUCCUGAAAUAUACGCGCGCCCAGACAACGAAGUUUUACCCGGCAACGUGGAUGACGUCGAAGUCGAUCUAGCGGCCUGUCAGAGUAUCACAAACCAUGUUGCCAGCAUCUCCCUUGAGCUGAGAGAGGGAACAGUCGAUAAGCGCCAGGCGUGCUUUUUGCCAGUGGUACGUACUGGCGGGGGGCCCAUCAUCGGAGAAGCAGACAAAAUUGCCAAGGGUCUAUAUAUUGCAACUGGUCAUACCUGCUGGGGCAUUUGCAAUGCACCUGGGACAGCCAAGGUAAUCGCGGGACUCAUCAUGGGAGGAGAGGUGCGUACGCGGAGUCUGGCGCGAUUGGCACCGUCGAGGUUCUUGUAGGAGAAUCCAGUAACGAGAAUUCUAUCGUGCAAUCGAGGUAUGUACUAUUCGGAGCCGUAAUGAAUAGCUUCCUUGAAGAAUCAUGGAGCGACACGCUGUUCUUUUAAUGUUAAAUAGGUCGGACGCCGUAUCAGAGAGCGAUAAUUGUUUUGAAGCGAAAUAGGCGACACCCUGAUAUGAUGGAUGAAUAUAUUUCUGGGAAGAGUCAUACAGACUUCAGUACUGAGUCAUGGUGCAACGAGACAACGUAAAUGGCUCGUAAUUUUUGUUUGGAAGAGAUUGGCGCCUUAAAUGGUUAGUACAAAGCGGGGACAAAGCGGUUCUCGGGUGACCGA